AUGAUCCGCAGCGGCUGUGGCGCGGCGACCCGGGCGGGCGGCGAUGCGCUGUCCAGGGUAGCCGGGUCCCUCUGCCCGGCGCUAUCUCGGCGCCCGCGCCGGUUACCCCCACCCACACCCACGCCCGGCGCGCGCACGCCCGCCCGCCCGCGCCUCCCCGCCCCCUCGAGCUCGCGCUGCCGCGGCCGCGCGGCGCUCCGAGCCUCGGGGCCGUUUCGUCCCUGCCCCCUCUCCCACAGGGGCCUCGCCGGCCGCCGCGCCAGGAGGGCGCGCGGGGGAGGGGCGCAGGGCAAGCGAGGCGGCGCCCCCCGCCCCUGCGGCCUCGCGCGCCCCCUCCUGGGCGACCGACCUCGCCCUCGCGUCUGCGGCGUCCCCUGCCGGCCGGGCGGCGAUUUGCAGGUCCAGCCGGCGCCGGUUUCGCGCGGCGGCUCAACGUCCACGGAGCCCCAGGAAUAUCUACCCGCUGCCCAGAUCGGCAGCCGCUGCCGCGGGGAAAAGCAGUAUCGUGCAGGGCGGGCACGCUGGUCUUGCUUCCAGUUGGGCUUCGGUGGGUUUGAAGCACACAUUAGGGGGAAAUGGCUCUGUUCGUGCAGGUUUGCGCAGUCUGGGUUUUUUAGGUUUAGGGGGUUGGGUGGGUUUCUCUGGGGGUGCGGUGGGAAGCGGAUCAGUUCGGAUAACGGCCCUGAGCAAGAGUCUCUGUCCCCCUCCCGGCCUGACGCGGGGCUUCCAGCGGACACCACCGACGAUUUUAUAGGUUCAGAAAGUGUGUCUCAGAGGAGUUAGAGAAGACCGAUUAAUAGAUGACAGUGCUAAAGCCUGGAUCUCCUGAUCCUGGAUGAAAGUGUCCUAAGUUAGAUUCCUGGGAAGAAAAUUCUGACACACAUUCUGCAGGAUGAUUAUUAGGGCUCAUCCUUGGUUUCAACACCCAUAGAAGGAAGGAGGAAGAAGAAAUCGAACAGAAGGACAGAAGUUGAGAUGCAUUUCAGGCCAGGAUUCUUGGCUGAACCCACAGGAGCUCUGGAGCUAGAAUGGCCCUUCAGAGUUGUCCUGAGUUGGUCUGAGAUGGCCAGUUCUUUAUAUUCCUGCAUGGGAUAGUCACUGGAUGUCCACCCCAGGAAGGGGUGUGGCCAAGACAGUCCCUGAAAUGCCCGCCAGCACUCCCUACACCUGGAGCGACAAGACCAACAUCACAGGGGGAAUGCACUGGGUGAUGGAUCACAGCGUUCAUCCCAGAAGAUGAGGAUACAGAAUUGGCUGACAGCUACGUUCUAAAUGUCAGUGUUCUCCAAAAUUCAUAUGUUGAAACUUAAUUCCCAAUGUGAUGGCAUUAGGAAGUGGGGCCUUUGGGGGAGGGACUAUAGGUCAUGAGGGUGUAACCUUCAUCAAUGGGAUUAGUGUCCAGAGAGCUGCCUUGCCCUUCCACCAUGUGAGGACAUAGUGAGAAGGUGCCAUCUGUGAACUAGGAAGUGGGCGCUUACCACCAGACACCCACUCUUCUGGCAACUUGAUCUUGAAUUUCCCAGCCUCCAGAACUCUGAGAAAUCAAUUUCUGUUAAUUAUAAGCUACCCAGUCGAUAGCAUUUUGUUAAAGCAGCUGGAACUAAACUAAGACACUGACGCUUUCUGCGACAAAAAGAUAGAGUGAGUCUCUAUAGCAUACCAUGUAACAGAUGUUUUUGGAAAAAUAACCUCAUUUCAUAUGUUUCCUCAAGAUAAAAAGAAUGUCAUAACAACAAAUGAGAAAAUAGUUGCUUUAGAAAUAUUGCACCCUAUGGAGAGAGUAUUUUGGAUUUUGGUUUUUUGUUUUGUUUUUUAACUUUUGUUUUAGGUUUGGGGGUACAUAUGCAGGUUUGUUAUAUAGGUAAACUCAUGUCACAGGGGUUUGUUGUACAGAUAAUUUCCUCACCCAGGUACUAAGCCUAGUACCCAAUAGUUGCUUUUUCUCCUCCUCUCUCUCCUCCCACCCUCCACCCUCAAAUAGGCCCCAGUGUGUGUUGUUCCCUUCAUUAUGUUCAUGAAGUUGAGAGAGUGUUUUGAAAAAAGAAUGUUGGAAAGUAUUUCCACUGUUAGAUGAUUUUAAGUCAAAAAGUUAUACAACAGUGUGACCUAUUUGCACACAAGCAUGGACACAGAAUUGUGUCAUAUGUUUAAAACUUUUCUAGAUCCUUUUGUGGUUCAUAAGCUUGAUGAUUGAGUUUUCACGUCCACAUGUGAGAUAUGCCUCCCUUGAGCCUUGUCAUUGGCACAUUACCUGCCUGAUGUGAACAAUAAAAAUAAAAAAUAAAAAUUUGCU